AUGACAGGCCACAGCUGGGGCUAUGGGCAGAAAGCAGGACCUUCUGAGUGGUACAAAUCCUACCCUAUUGCCCAAGGAAGUUAUCAGUCCCCUGUUGACAUCAUCCCCACAAAAGCAAUUUAUGACCCCUGUCUGAAGCCCCUUAGCAUUUUAUAUGAGUCGUGUUCAUCCCUUGACAUCUCCAACAACGGGCACUCAGUCAUGGUAGACUUUAAGGAUGUUGAUGACAAAACAGCUGUCAGUGGGGGGCCACUGGAAGAUUCUUACAGGCUGAAGCAGUUCCAUUUCCAUUGGGGGGGCAAGCAAGAUUCUGGGUCAGAACAUACCAUUGAUGGCAAAUCUUUUCCUUGUGAGCUCCAUUUAGUUCACUGGAAUGCCAAGAAAUAUAUGUCAUUUGGAGAGGCCAUGGCAGCCCCAGAUGGCUUAGCAGUGGUUGGUGUUUUCUUAGAGAUUGGAGAAGAACAUGCUUAUAUGAACAGAUUGACAGAUGCCUUGUAUAUGGUCAAGUUUAAAGGAACCAAAACCCAGUUCAAGCACUUCAGUCCAAGUCGCCUUCUGCCCCCCUGCCUGGAUUAUUGGACGUAUCCUGGAUCCUUGACGACCCCUCCCCUUCAUGAGAGUGUGACAUGGAUGGUGCUCAAGGACCCUAUCAGAAUAUCUGAUAAACAGAUGGAGAAAUUCCGAACUCUCCUGUUUACUACAGAAGAAGACGAAAGGGUCCAGAUGGUGAACAACUUCCGUCCCCCUCAGCCUCUGAAGGGCAGGGUAGUACGUGCAUCGUUCAAGGCAUGAGGAGCAGAAGAGGUGGCAGUGAUGGCAAAAUGUGACAGAAACUUCAAAACAUUCGAACUGCUUCAAUAUCAGCAAACAGAAAACUUUUGACAGAUAAUCAACAUUCUUCAGCUUUAAAAAGCCAGAUCAAGAGACAGUGGGAACAGCCGAGGGGAACUGACAUGCAAGCAUGGAGGAAAGAAAAUAGCCUGUAGACUGCUCAUGCUCAUCUGGGCUUCUUUGAGAAAGAUGCUCAGAAUCUCGGCAUUCUUUCUUUUCUUUGCAGAAGCAAAUCCAUCCACAUCGUGUCUCCCUACUGACAAGCAGUGGCUAGAAUAUAUUUGAACAGGCAGACAGUCAUCAUGAUGGUCUCCUAGGGAGAGUCCAAAAAGACAGGCAGCUGUGCUGAUCCAGAUCAACGAAACAGUUCUAGGAUUUCUCCUCUGGUAGUACCAUGUUCUUUGUAAAGCUCGUGAGUCGUAAUUGCCCAUUCAAGACCAAGCCAUCCUCAGUAAUUUGCACUGCAACAAGAAGCAACAUAGUGUUGCUGGGAGAAUUCAUUUCCCCUCAGCUACUCUGAGAAUUGCAGCUAUGCUCAGAAGGAACUAGCAAGCCCAGCAGAGUGACAAAUGACUUCAGCAUCCUUGCUGAAGAAAAAGGGCCACUCUUGUGCCCUUGAAAGACCUGUC